GCCGAAGGGUUAUUAUUAUAGAAUAAAUCACGAACAAAUAUAAAUAAUAAAAGGAGUGAAUGGUAAUCGUUGUGAUAAAAAUUUGUAAAAUUCCCUUGAUUGUUUAGGAAAGACUUUGGAAGGUCAUGAGAUGCGAAAACAGUCAUUUACCCUUUGAACUGUUAAGCUGUUGAAUCUCUACCCUUGAUCAGGUGGGUCAGAAACGUGAUGUUUCGAUGAGCUUGUUGAUGUAGAUGACAGGUGUUAGAAGUGAUCCAUGAUGUUAAAAUGGAAGUAUCUUAAUAAAAAUUGGAUGCCUGCAUUGACUACCAUAAGAUGGAAACACUCUCUCACAAAUGUUAAUAGGCAUGCUUUUAGCAAAAGCUACAGAGGAAAUGAUAGAAGUAUUUCUUUAAUGUGUUUCAAAAACAGUUCAAGAAACAUAUUUAUUUCAUGUUCAUCUUUACUACAAACAGAGUCUGUGGAAAAGGGCUUGAUUUUAGAACCUGAUGAAUAUGUUCAAAACAUUUUCAAAGGACUGAAAAGUCAGAAUAGGGGGAGUUUAGCAAGAGCAAUAACUCUUAUAGAGACUAGCAACCCAAGGAAGAAGGUUCAAGCCAAAGCAUUACUGAACCUAACUUUACAUGAUCAGAAGAUGGUUGCUGUUCAUUCAAUGAAAGGUCCACCAACUUUCAGAAUAGGACUCUCUGGACCACCUGGGGCUGGGAAGAGCACAUUUAUUGAAACAUUUGGAAAGUUUCUCACAGAGAGGGAUCACAGAGUUGCUGUUUUAGCCGUUGAUCCCUCCUCAUCACGUAGUGGGGGUUCUCUGCUUGGUGACAAAACAAGGAUGCCUGAACUUUCAAAAGAUAUGAACGCUUAUAUUCGAGCCUCUCCAUCCAGAGGAACCCUGGGAGGUGUUACCAGGACAACUAAUGAAGCUAUACUGGUUUGUGAGGCAGCAGGAUAUGACAUCAUCCUGAUUGAAACAAUAGGUGUUGGACAGACAGAGUUUGUUGUAGCUGAUAUGGUGGAUAUGUUCUGUUUAUUAAUUCCCCCUGCAGGUGGGGAUGAACUGCAAGGUAUAAAGAAGGGCAUUGUGGAAGUAGCUGACCUUGUGGUGGUCAACAAGUGUGAUGGUGACCUGGUCAAUGCUGCACGCAAUAUUCAGAGUGAAUACAUGAGUGCCUUGAAGUUUAUCAGGAAGGUUAAUCUGAACUGGAGUCCAGAGGUUUUAAGAAUAUCGUCAUUAACUAAAGAGGGAAUUCCAGCUCUGUGGGACAAAAUGUGUGAAUUCAGACAGAUAGUUUCAGGUACAGGUGACUUGGACAGAAAGCGAGCUGAUCAGAAGAAAAUUUGGAUGUGGAAUUACAUCCGAGACAAUAUUAUGGACUUGUUCCGCUCCCACCCUGUGGUCAAGGAGAAGAUUGCCCUGAUGGAGGAGAGAGUAUCACAUGGUGUCCUCACCCCUGGGGAUGCAGCAGACUUGUUAAUGAAGGACUUUAUAAAAGAAUAUGUUGUGGAAGAUACAGCUUCAUAAGUUUUAAAAUUUUUUCCUGAUUUUUGCCUUGAAAAUUUAUUUGAUAAUCCCUGGUCAAGCAUGUGUGUGUAUAUCUGAAGUGUGAAUCAUUAUCAAGCUUAUCAAAUAUGCUGAUUUUUGCUUCCCAUUUAAACGUUUUCAUUGAAAAUGGUGAAUAUAAAUUUGGUUCUGUCUGUCACUCUGUGUGUAAUGCUUUAGAUACCAGAUAAUAUCGCAAAAAGUCCUUGAGCUUUUGCAGUGAAAUAUUAUCUUGAGACUUCAGAUGACUUAAAGAAGACCACUAUUGAAUUUGAGGUCAAAAGUCAAGGUCAGAAAUUAAUAUAUUGUAAAAAAUGGUUUCCAGAUGAUAACUUAAGUAUUAUUUGAGCUUUUGCCAUGAAAUGUAAUUUUCAUGAUAUGUAAUUUUUAUGAAGAAAAUGUUCCUUGCAUAUUACUAAUUAUUUUGGAUAAAAUAUUCUGAAGAUAUGUAAGAAAAAGAUAUAUCAUAAACACUCAUAUUUGUGAUCAUGAAGCCAGUUGAGGUGGCAUAUAGAGGAUGUUGCUAAAAACGUGGAACGGAACAAAAACGGAAAAUCUUACAUCAGGUAACAAAUAUAGUCAUAAAUCAUGUUUGUGAUAUGACUGUUAACUAAAAUGGACCUAAAAUAUUUCUCAGAAAGAAAUGUGUCAUAAAAGUGUAUUUUUAAGGCAUAGUGGGUCUUUGCUCCAUGUUUUUGUACUUGAAUACAACCUUUCCAAAAAAGAAAAUUUGUGUUUUUGUCCUCUUUGGUAUAUUUAUGCUCUUUCAUAGACAAAUAAUUUCAAUCUUUUUGAGAUUGUUGCGAUUUAUGGAGACUUCACAUAAAGUAUACGUUGAUAUUUAAUAAAAUUUUGUUAUAAUUAA